CGGCUGUUGUCGGCUCUCGGUGGGCGGGGCCGCCGGCAGAGCACAGGCGUAUCUCGGCGGGGGCUCGGUCUUCCAGAUCAACGCGUGGGCACGGCGGCUGAGCGUGCGAGGCGGCCGUUGCUUUUCCGAGUCAUUCUCUUCCAGGCUCGGUCCGGUUGUCAUCAUGGCCCGUGGAAAUCAGCGAGAACUUGCCCGCCAGAAAAACAUGAAGAAAUCCCAGGAAAUUAGUAAGGGAAAAAGAAAAGAGGAUAGCCUGACUACCUCUCAGAGGAAGCAGCGGGACUCUGAGAUCAUGCAACAAAAGCAGAAGGCAGCCAAUGAGAAGAAGUCUAUGCAAACAAGAGAAAAAUAAUGACUAUCUGGAAAACCUGGGUGCUACUGCUAACUAGGUGUAUCAUAAGCUCUAUGAUCAAGAUUUUGUAGAGUGAACAGUCAGUACAUAUGUUAUAUCCUUAUAAAACUAUUUUAAACUUUUCCUUCCAACCUGACUUAGUGUGAUGUUUCAGAACCAUUCUUCAAAGAAUAAAACACUAACCAUGCAUAUGACAUAUUGGUGAACAUUAUUUUUUUUAUCAGCAGUAAGCAUUUAUAUAAUUUAUUAGAAAGGUAAUAUGGUCAGGUAAUAGAAUCUUGUAUACAAGUCUAGAAUCUUUGCCAU